CGGAAUCUAUGGUUUACGAUAGACUUCAUACUCUCCUGCGUGGAUUUCCAAUCAUCGAAAGGCAAAAUAAGAGCCAAGAAGAGACGUUAGAUGUGAGUUUGUGAAGGUUCUAUUCGAUCUCAAUUCAUGGAUCAACUCACGAGCGAUUCUGCUUUUGUUCAAUCCAUUCCAUCUUCUAAUUCAAAUCCUUCAAUCAUCGAGUUCCGUCAACCCCCUAUCGAUCCACUCCUUCCCUCUACCACCCGCACCCAACCCAAAUCUAGCUCAAGGGUUGAAGGGGAACCCAAAGAUUGUAUUGCGGUGAGAAAACUUCAAAAGGCUGACCGUGAGAAAUUAAGAAGGGACCGUCUCAAUGAACACUUCCUUGAGUUGGGAAAUGCACUUGAUCCUGAUAGGCCUAAAAAUGACAAAGCAACCAUCCUUACUGAUACGAUUCAAUUGCUGAAGGACCUUACGUCUCAGGUCACCAAGCUGAAAGAAGAGUAUGCUACACUGACUGAAGAAUCUCGUGAGUUGACACAGGAGAAGAAUGAUCUCAAAGAAGAGAAGGCAUCUCUUAAAUCUGAUAUCGUAAAUCUUAAUAUUCAAUACCAGCAGAGAGUCGGGACUGUGUUUCCAUGGGCCACUGUGGAUCGCUCAGUUGUCAUGGCCCCUCCUUAUCCAUAUCCAGUACCAAUGGCAAUGCCUCCUCCAGGAGCCAUUCCUAUGCAUCCGUCCUUGCAACCAUUCCCCUUCUAUGGGAAUCAAAAUCCGGGGAUCAUUCAUAACCCCUGCUCCACUUUUUUCCCAUAUAUGACUCCUAAUACAAUGGUUGAAAAGCAGUCAGCACAGCCUGUUGCUCCACCUGCACAACCAAGCAGCCACUCCCAUGCUUCAGGCAAACAAGAUUCAAAAAACAAGUCCUCAGGGGAGAGCAAGACUGAAAAGACAUUGGAUUCAAAUGAUGUCACUACUGAGCUUGUGUUAAAAACACCAGGUUCUACGGCAGAUCAGGAUUUAUCAUCAGGCCAAAAAAAGUUGAAGAAAUCUUUGAAGAAAGAUGACAGCAAUACGGAAGGGAGUUAUUCAAGUAGUUGCUCCUCAUCUUAUAGUGUACGGGAUAGCUCAUCCAAUAGCAUAGGGGGUGGAACUAAGCCUGAUGACGUAGAUGGGUAAAACAAUUGACAAAUGCCUGUGCCAGUGGCAGAAGGGUCAAGGUUUGCAGUAUCUUGUUGCUUAUGUGGAUUUUGUUUGCCAACUGAAAACAAGAUUGAGAAUUUUCCCAGAAAGUUCUUGUCCAGUGGAUUGAUUCUAUUGAAUGCUGAAGAGUUAAGGAAGUGGGGAACUGUUAUAUGCUGCAGUGGAAUGGGUGGUAGCUGGAACCCCUAUUGGAGACCAAUGACCCAGGUUCCUUAUUUUUUAUUUGGUUUAAUCCACAAUUUAGCCCAUCAAGUACACAUUUUUUCUACUUUACACCUUAAACUAUUUUUUGUUCCAGUUUGCCCCCUAAGCUACCAUUUUUGUCCUAGUUUGUCCUGAAAAUUAUCAACUUCCAACAAUAACGUGUCAGCUUGGAUUUUAGGGGGCAGAUUGGGACAAAAAAGUUGACGGUGUAAAGUGAGGAAAAUCAGAGGAUAAGUUGUGCGUUAAGCCCUUUUCUUUUGCUGAUGCUUGAACCAAACAAACAGUAUAAAGGCUGGCAAGCCCAUGACAAAA